AAAUAUCUACGAUAUCAACGCCAACGCCGAGUGAACAUACCCAAGUGUUUCUUAUACCGAUCAUCGAUCUGUCGCCGCCUCCCCCACUCGCGUCGCUAACAAUCAACCGAAUUAAACUCGAGUGUAACAAGUGUCAUGCCAAGAUGACCGGCACCCUGAGAAAAGAGGAUAUCAUUUCCGAUCUGGAGCACAAUCUACCGAACGAUAAACCGAUGCUAAACGAUCAUCAGCUGCUCACCAUGGAGGCCAUUCUCACCCGCGAUCAGAGGACGACGUCUCACAGAGUUCGCAAGUCUCGUUCCGCUGAACUUCAGACGGAUUCGCAAGCUCCGAUGGAAGUUCGAUUAGAGAAUAUCGGGAAGUCCGACAAUAUAUCCGGUAAAAUGACAGCUGGCGUCGACGCGCCCACCAAUAGCAAAAACAUCGGUAGUGGAUAUUUUCCUUCCACUUCGUCGUCGCACAUGCGAAAUCGGUCUAGUAAAAGGAUACGAGGAUACUCGGGAUACCCCGCAGGAUUCACGAUCACAUGGCUGAGGCUAGGCAGCCUCUUGGUGACGUUGCUUGUCGCGUCGAUACACGGCGCUCCGAUGAUGACUUCCGAACAGAAACGUCUCAACUCACCGCGGAAGUGGGUGAAUCCUUGCGGAAUUGGGUCCGACGUAUUCUCCGGAAGCCUCGACGUCAUCCAGCUCAAGGACAAGGACCUUCUCGACCAGAUCGUGGUACAGGCCGACGUGGCCCUCAUGCACGCUCAACUAUUAGGGGAAGAAUUCACCCGUGCUACGUUCAACACCGACUUCGAGGAUUUGCACUCGCUGUGGAAAGACACCCACUACGACUGGCUGCCGAGUCUUACCGCGAUCCCCAAGAAGCUUCGCGAACCACUGAAGAAGGAGUUCCUCGAUAAAUUAGACCUCGAUACCGCUCUGCUAGACGCUUACGAGUACAUGCAGAUGUUCGCAGUUGCACUGGAACAGGUCGUCUGGGAUCGGGAGAACCUCGAGUUCCACAAAGAGUUCGAGGCAGCGGAGUACAAGCUGCGCACGGUUUUAUGCGAGCUUCAAAUGGCGCGUGAGGAGCGCAAGGUGCCGCCUCGUCCGGACGUGUCCAGGAGUCUGAUGUUGCCGGAAUAUCGCGAAAUGUCGAAAUCCGACACAUUCCGCGACUUGAGGGAUUGGUUGAUAUUCCGCGACUACAUGAACGGACUCGAGUACGUAAUGCAGGUGUUCAAACAUCUUGGCAAGAACCUCGACUCCUGAGGGCGGCACGGCGGAAGUCGACGUAACGAGUCGACGACUCGAUGGCGGCUCGCUCACUUCAGAAAGGUCACCUCGCAAUCGCUACUUCCCUAUCUGGAGGCUCUCCUCGCCUAGAGGAAUAACGCCGUCGCAACGCAGAGACCAGGGUAGGAAAUGAGGAGUUUUAAUACGGAGUCCGUAAUUUGUGUCGACAUUCGAAUCCCGAUCCCCUGGUAUAAAUGUACGUAAACUUCCGACGAACAACAAAAUUUCUCUGAUUCAACCUGCACCAACUGCACCUGAAAAUUAUAGUAUAUAUAUAUGUUAAUCGACAACGCGAUAACGUAGCCGAAGAAUGCGAUUACCGAAGCAAAAAAAUUAGAAAAAAAGUGAACCUGAAGUUUGAACGGAUAGUGAAAAAUGAUUGAAAACUUUUGUUUUUUUUUUUUGUUUUUUUGCGAAAACGAUAAUCAUAGACAUGUCAGGCCACAUGCAUCGCAGGCUUUCGCCCCUCUCGCCCAUUCUCCACCCCUCGUUAUAAUAUACAUAGAACAUUCAACGCUUAUAGAUACACACACAUAUACAUAAAUACAUACAUAUUUACAAAAUAUUUAUAUGUGUGUCGAUAUAUAUACCGAUAAAGUGGACACGUGGACACGCGAUAUACCGUAUUCGUACAAUUGUGAACGUCGGCGCACGUUAACGCGGUGAAAGAAAAAAAAAAGCAAACAAAUAUCUCAUCAUCCACGAAAUACAUAGAUCAAUCUAUAGUAUCGUUUUUUAAUUAUUAGGGCCGUACGCAGUUCGUACUACGGUUUUGUUUAUAUAGGGACGACACGGAUGCAACGGGGGACAAUCUCGAAACCCGCCCUCUUCUUUCCUCUUUUAAUGCAUGAUUUUUCUUCCGAUUUUAUUUUUCAACCAAAAUCGUCGUUGAAUUAAUUUCAAAUGUUGUUAUCAUACGAAAGAAGAUGGCAGGAACAGAAGCGACGAGAGAUUUUGUCCCUCGGUGUAUUCUUAGAUUAUUUUUCCUUGGGAAGCAUGCUGCUAAAUGCUAACUGUAACGCCGAAUGCGGAAUGCUUAUAUACUUUCGUUUGUCACCGCGAUGAGGUGUUCAAAGAAACAAUCACGUCGCGGCGCACGGUAUUCCGCGCGAGUUUUUCUCGUUCUUUUUUUUAUUCGCCGCAUAUGAUGUGAACCAGAAAAGGAAAAAUGGAAAAAUUAUUAAGAGAAAAGAAAAAAAAAUUAACAAAAAAGGAAAAAACAAAUAGAAAAUUAUUAAUCGGAAAAAUCGCUCUAUACUGAUCCAGAAACUGGCAAAAAAUCGAAACACGCUAAACCAUAUCGAUUUUAAACUUAAUAGAUAUUUAUUAACUAACUAUAAUAUUAUAUUGUAUUUAUUCAGAUUAUUUAUUUUAUUUUUGUAAAGAUUUUACACACGAGCUAUAUUUAAAUGAAAUGAGAAAAAAAAAUAGAAAUUUCACAUUGAUGCGGUGGCACAAACCCCCCGAAUGGGCUGCGUUGCUGCUGCUGCUGCUGCUGAUAUAUUUAUCUUAGAUUAAAAAAAAAAAAAAAAACAUCUGCGUUCGUCUGACAUCGAACUACUUUUUUUGGUAUGAAUUAAUUCAAUGAGUUGUUAGUU